AUGCGAAACAUUCGACAAGCUGUUAUCAGUGUACUUCGCAAUAUAUUUCAAGGUCAGUAAAGUUCCAUUCGAACCGCUUCGCCAAUGAGACCCUUUGUGCCCCACAAAAAAAAAUGGAAAUUUCAUAUUACCAACAUGAACUUUAACUAACAGAUGAAUAAUGAAUAAUGAUUUAGAGGUAGCACAUUUACGUAGUGGUUCUUCGUCUACCAUUCCUAGUGGAGUUGGAAUUUAGAAAUGAGUACUCCGAGAAAAACCUCUCGGGGCAAAGGAAAGAACAACGUCAAACUCAAACCACAUUUGGCGUCGACGGAGGGAUUUGAACCUAGGCCACGAUAGUGGAAGGCGAGUGCUCUCACUACUGCUUCACCCUUGCUCCCCAAUCGUAUUAGCCUAUGAAUGAUCGAUCGAGUGCGGUUCACAAAUACCCGUCAGAACAUUUCCGGGGCCCUUGUUCGAUCGUGGUCUUAGCAAUCAUGACGCCCACGCACCAACAAAAACUGGUAUAGUUAGCAGAUUUUCAGUCGUCUGGUUGACAUCAUAUGAUGCCUAUAUAUUUAGUAGCAAGUUACCACUGCUUUUGUGUGUUCACCCUCUUAUCUCCCAAGUUUAUGAAACUAAAGUUAACUAAGGCAUUUAAUAUCAGCCCGCCAUUACUACAUAGCAAUUCGAUGAAUAAUCACGCUUAGAAAAGUAAGGGCUUACUUCAGGCUGGGCAGAUAUACACAGGGCUUUCCACAAGUUGCUCGAGAUUUUCCAAAACGUUUAUUUCCCUUAAUUUUUCAAAAAGUUGCUUUUUGUAAUGAAAGUUGCUCAGAAGUUGCUCGAAAGCCUUAAUGGCACAGUUCACGCAGUUUCUUAACUGAAGAUAUACGCGCCAAUGCCGUCUACUUUUGUUGCUUUCAGCUUUCUUCAGGUCGCUUGAUGAUUUGAUCUGUACUGGUUGGCAAUUUCUCCGCCUUUUUACGGAUGUGUAGGGUCCUCAGGCUGAAAAGUAUGGAGGGAGGGUAAGAGCAAGUUCAAACUGAUAAAGAAUCAUAAUAACCUACUAUGCGUAACAGAACAACGCCGUUAACAACAAAGAAAUAAAUGAAAAAUUUUGGAAAAUCCUUACUUUUUCACCAUUCUUAAGCUAAAAGCGAUCCAUGUAUUCUUCUCUGCCUACAUAUUGGUUUUCCAUGUUAAGUAGUUAAAAGGAAAAGUUUCUUCUUGUUUAUUUACUACGCAUUAAUUUGUGAGCAAUGAUAAACUUUCUGUAAUAUUAAACUGAAGAAACUGGUAUUAGUAUGACUUAGGCUUUGUUUAGCAGCCUCUGAUGAAUCAAUUAUUACGAACUACCGAGUUUUAUUUACUAAAUUAAUAAAAGUAUAGUAUAUUGCUUUUAACAGGCUUUCAAAAAAAAUGAAAUCAUUAGUUUCCAAGUUGAUUGUAGUUAAAGGCUUUUAUUGCUUUUUUGCAACAUGAUCACUGAUCGAAUUGCCACGUCAUGAUGGCUGCUCUCAUAAAGUUGGGACUGCAAGUGAUAUUUUAAACAUUCUGGCCCCGGUUGUUCAAAAGUUGGAUAACGCUAUCCACCGGAUGAAUCGCUAUCCAGCGGAUAAGUAUUACGAAAACCAAUAUGUGUUAUCCUUUGGAUAGUAAUUUAUCCAGUGGAUAGCGCUAUCCACCUUUCCAACAACUGGCGCCUGAUCAUUUGCAACUUAUUAAACUUUGACACAUAUGACAGCAUGAUUUAUUAACUAACAAGAACGCUCUUAAAAGCAGCAUCUCUCGCUUGCUUGGAGAUUAGAUAAGAAAUGAGGAGGCGAUUAAUUCUACAAGAAGGAUUUCUUUGCUAAAAGUUUUUCACUUCCCACUUUAUCGACGGUCGAGUAUUCUUCAGAAUAUUUACUUCUUACAUCGUAUUCGACGAUGAUUGAAUACGCGUGUACAAAUACAAAUCAUUGCCGGAAAGUAAAAACGUGAUGAAUAUGGCGCCUCAUUUCAAUCAUCGCCCAAAAUAAACCGCAUGCUCAUCAUAAGACUCAUUUUCAUACAAUGAAAGUUUUCGACACCCGACCACUUUAUAGUCUUACCAUCGACGUUUUCACUGAAGCAUUCACUUGUUCCAAAGUUAUCAACGCUUUCAAGCGAUCCUAUAGAAUUCGUGGACGGCCCCGUUCCGGAAAAGCUCGACAACUCUGGGUCAAUCUUUCUUAAGCUUUCUUCACAAAAUAGAACAUGGUGCUAUGACACGUAGCAAUUCUUAUCCCCACUUUUCACGAUCUCCGCUAGUAACGCCUGGGACCAUGCCAUUCCCCUUUUGGCGCGCAGACUAGCGAGACUAACUACCUAUUGUGCCGGUCUAUGUUUUAAAAGCUUAGCUGGUAAAUUUUUUUAUGGGGAACAAGUUCCUUCUCUCAGCUCACAAGACUCGUCGUAAGUCGUAGUUACUCAACAUGUGCGUAUGUUUCGCUUGAGUCUAGCAAACAUGUAGUAUUGGUCUCAGACCUAAUAGUCCGCAUUUCCUUUAAACCAUUGCUAAACUCUUUUCUGUUUGACUUUGUGUUUAAGAUUCACCGCAAACCAGCUGCCAUUUGUACUUUGAUAUCGCGUCAAUAGUUUCGAAUAACUUACUUCCAUUUGACUGACGAACUUAAUCCAACUGGUAAAACUAGCCAACAAAACGAAAGAACCUGCACUAGCCACUAUAGCCAAAUGUUGAUGCUAAUGACAGUUUGAUGAAUGGUACAUCAUGAUGCUAGAAAUAUGUACAGUAUACUAUUACAGCACAAAGGAAAUGAAGUAAACCCCCAAAUUAAAACGUAUCGUGAUAAUUUUUCUUUUUAAAUUAAAUUAAAGAAUAAUACAAGAAUAUUUUUAGCCUAAAAUCGGAAGGAAAAAUAAGAACAUUCAGCCUGGGCCCGGAAAACAACAUUCUUGUAAAAAAGAAACGAUGUGUUUUAAACUGAAUUCGAAGAAACUGGAGCUAAUACGACUUACAUCUUAUUAGCUGCCCUAAAGUUAAUAAAGGAUAGCGUAUUGUUCAUUUUGAAUAAAUCUUCAUAGUUUCCAAGUUGAUUGUUUUUGUAUUCGAUUGCAGUUUAAGGCAUAAUAUUGCUUUUUGCGACACGGUUGCUCAUCAGAUUGCCAUGUCAUGUAUAAACAGGUAUUCUGAUCAUUUGCAAUUGAUGAAAGUUUCCCACAUAUUAAGGAACUAGGGUGCCGUGUAUUAACCGCCUCAGACUCUUUAGGUCGCGUGUGACCAUGUAGUUUAUCAAAGAUAUGUACAGGUCCGUUGCCGGAUUGGCUUGCGACGUAAAAGUCCGUUUUUCCCUCAAGUCAUCGCUCAACUGUGUUUGUUUGACCGUAUAUUUUUGAUUCAUUGAAAACCUACCGCCGAUGCUAAUUAAAUUUUGCGUCAGUUACUGUAGUUUCAUUUAACUUUCCUCCUUUUUGACUGACGAACUUCAACACUUACAAAGUUCGGCCUAUCGCGUUUCGCUUAAAAGGAAAACAUAUUCAAAUUACUGAGUGAUGAUGACGUCACAUUUAAAUUUUAAAUUCCGUGUUCAGACAAGCACAGUUUUAAUUUCAAUUAAGGUGAGUUUGUAUAUUAUAAGUACGAGUUGGAGACUUUUUUUACUAUUGUCGCGGAAGACUGAACAGCACUCAGUUAAAAACCAAUUGCGAUCGGAGGAGGAAGAGAAUCUGUGGAGAAUAUUCGGUAAGUCUCGUAAAGAAUUAUUUCCAGCAUCAGUGUCUUCUUGCAGAGUUCCUCAAAAGUUCUACACAGCUGCUGAAACUUAAGACUGUAUAAAACGUUCCAUUCGAGGUUAGUCUCAUUCGAAAACGGAUGAUUCCUCCAAAGCAAUGAAGUUCCUUUGCAUUGUUACACUAGAAACUCAACACUGAUCAGGGUCCUUUGCAAAAGAUGGCAUUUGACACUUGUUGUUAAUUGCGUCUUCAACGCUUUCUUGUGUUUAACCACCAUCAUGUUAAAUAUCAUAACAAUACAAGCGCUCAGAAAAACGUCGUCGUUGCCUAAGCCUUUUGAAACAUUGCUUCUAAGCCUGGCUGUGUCUGAUCUGGGUGAGGGCUUACUAGUCCAACCACUGUACGUUGCAAUUCUUGUGAUGAACAUAGAAGAGAACUCUAACAACACUGCUUAUUAUUCAGUAUACAAAGCGUAUUUAAUCCAGAAAAAGUAUUGGUCUUGGUUUCGCAUCUUGAGGUUUUUGCAUUAACGUUUGAGUUUGACUGUGUAUUUACGAUUCACUGCAAAGCAGCUGCCGUUUCUACUUUAAUAUUACGUCAAAAUUUUCAAACAACUUUUUACCAUUUGGCUGACAAACUUCAACUCUUACAAAGCAUGACCUAUCGCGUGUCGGUUAAAAGAAAAAUGAACUCAAAUUUCUGUGGUAAAACUAGUUAAUAAAAAAAUAUCAUGAUAAAUUCUUUCUUUUUUAAAUAUAAUUAUUUAGGAAUAAUACAAGAGUAUUUUCAGCCUAAAAUAGGCAGAAAAAAAGCAAUAUUCAGCCUAGGCCAGGAAAACAACAUUGUUAUCAGUAAAAAAGAAAGAGGGUGUAUCAAACUGAAGAAACUGGAGUUAAAGUUAAUAAAGGAUAGUGUAUUGUUUUUGACUACAUUUUCAUAGUUUCCAAGUCGAUUGAACUUUAAGGCACAUUUUGCUUUUUGCAACUCGAUUACUCAUCAAACUGUCCUGUCAUGAUACGUAAAUAUUCCGAUCAUUUGCGAUUAAACUUUGACACAUAUUAAGGACCGGAUUAUCUAUUAAGUAACUAGGCUACUGUGUCUUUGUUUUAUGCGCGCCAUAUAAGUUUUUGUUAUGGGUUAAAAGUUUUUUUUCUCUUUAUCCUCCGCACACUCUUUGGGUCGCGCGUGACCACGUAGUUUAUCAAUGAAAAAAUGUGUGCAUGAGUCCAGGAAAUACAUUAGAUCGGUUUGCGACUCAAAAGUCUGUUUUCUCCUCAAGGAUCGCUAACUCUUUCUGUUUAACUGUGUAUUUUGUGAUUCAUAGGAAACCAACUGCCGUUUCCAUUUUAAUAAUGCGUCAGUAGUUCCAAACAACUUUCUUCCAUUUGACUGACGAACAAAGCUAUACCUAUCGCAUUUCAGUUAAAAUGAAAAUAUAUUCAAAUUGCUGUAUGAUGAUGUGAUGAAAAUACAACAAAACACUGAAAGCAUUACUUAUGUUACAGUACACAAAGCGUUUUUGACCCAGAAAAAAAUAUUGGUCUUAGCUUCGCAUUUUGGUGUUAUUUCAUUAAGUGUUGACAGAAUCUUGGCAAUCCAUCUUCAUCUCAGAUAUCACUGAGGAGCUUGUGACUCACAAGCGUGUUGCUAUCAGUUGUGUUCGACUUUGGAUUCUUCUUUUAUGCCACCAAUCAUGGUAGUUGUUUGUGUCAUAAGUACAGGAUUGCUUUAUUGCAAAGUGUACGCAGCCGUAAGACACCACACAGGUACAAGUGGCACAGAAUGGAGAUAUGGCAAACGCUGUAUGGCGAGUCAAAAAAUCUACACUUGCUACAUUUUACAUAUAUGCGGUGUUUUUAGUUUGCUAUUUGCCAAUAUCUUGUGUUGUUUUUGCCAAGACCAAAGGUGAAAUUGCUUUGUUUUCUCAUUUAUGGUAUUUCAUAUUGACUCGGUUUGUGUAUCGACACAAUACUUACAAAAUCGCUGAUAAGAGCGCGUCAGUACUAACUAACCAAAUCCUUCACCCUUUCAAGCAAUCGGCUAAAGCUAUCCCUAUGAUCAAACACGUUUUAAAAAUGACUGAAACUACCAUGAGGUGAAAUCGCAUUUGAAAAGCGCUUCGUUUUCUAUAGAUAACGGCCGAACAUCAAGAUUAUCCAGUUAUUAUCGUAUUUCUAACCAUAAAAUCUCCAUCCCAAAAUGACCAAAAUAUCUCGCUAACGCACCCACAGAUUUUACUUAAACUUAACGGACAUCGAUCGUAGUAGUUAUUGGAGGAAAAAGUGGAGGAAAAAGCCCCCGUGAACGAUUUUGGAAGAACAAUUUCCAGUGCCGAGAAAUACAGCUGCAAGUAAAGUACGUUAUGGCGUCAUUUUGUUGCUAUGACAACUCCGAUGUCAUUGUAAUCCUGAUCAUAACAAAUUUUCAACUUUCAACACUUACAAAGCUCGGCCAUUUGCGUUUCGUUUAAAAUGAAAGUAAAUCCAGAUUUUGGUGUAAUGAUGUUGUCAUAUUCAAAUUCUUUUUAUUUCAAAUAAGUGGAUAUUUCGGAUGUUCUGAGUAUGGGAUACUGGGAACUUCUUGCGACUGUAAACUGUAUUGACUCACUAAUUUCAGUCUCAUCCAUAAAAGAAAACACUUGCAGAGCUCCUCAAAAGUUAUACAGCUACAGACUGUAGCGUACUUGUACACGUAGGCAGGCAACAUGCGUUGGCUGGUACCGUCGGAGUCGCGCCAUUCCGUUCACCAAAAAUAUUUGUUCAUGACUGUGUGUCAGGAAUGGUGUAUUUAACUAUUAAAAGGACAAAAAACAUUGUAGUUAAUUUUUUUUGUGACUUCUGAGCAACGGAGUAGACGAUGUUUUAACAAACACAGCUCUUAAAGGUCACUUAAAUCAAGUCAACUUUAUUCAGGCAGGGCAGCCCUAUCAGCCAUUGGCCGGUAUCAAAAAGGGUCCCCCCGUACAGUCGUCGUGGGGGACUACUAUAUCGGGUUUUUCUUGUGGGCAGGUCUAAACUUUUUGCCAUAGAUUUUUGCAAAAAAGACUACUGAAUAAAUAAAUAAAUAAAUAAAUGAAUAAAUAAAUAACAAAAAACCUCGCCCAAAAUAAAAAAAUAAAAUAAAAGAAUCUAUGUUUCCGCGAUUCCUAAAAACACCUGUUUGGGCUCAAUAAAUUUUGAUUGGACUUGAUGUCAAUAUAUUUGCAUAAUGAUUCCUUUAAUAAGUUUCUUUGUCCCAAUUUAUAGUUUGCAGCAGUUCUUGUCAGACCCUUUUAAGCCAGAAUACUAAAUAGGUUCUUUCCAUUCUUUAUAUCAUUAUCACCUUUUUUCUGGCAUUUAUCAUAUCCUCAAAAACACCAAUUGCGUCAGUAUGCGUUACCAUAAGCUUAUUGAUUGUUAAGCUCGAUCUAUCGUUCUUAUCAAAAGAAAAUUCAGAUUUGAAUGUGUUAUUAUGUGGCUACAUUAACGUGUUUGAAAUUUUUUGUUAAGGGAAUUCUUGGUGUUCAAACGUCUUGAUAUGCAACACUGUCUAGUUAGUGGACAAUUUCAAGAUUACCAAAUUACGGAAGAGGACAAGCAAGGUCGCUCAGCCAUGCGAUAAUUUAAGGAAGAAUGUGAACCACAUUCUGAACUAUUGAAGACCGAUCAGGUAACUUACCAAAGGCAAGAGUGUCUGCCUGUUAAAAGACGUCAACAGUUCUUUAAAGAACAGUCUAUACAAUGGCAGAAGAAGCUAAAGACGCGUUUUCAGCAUCCUACAGAAUGGCAGGAACUGGGGACUUUUAUUCAACGCUCGUCGCCAACUGCUUCUUCAACGCUUUCUUGCUUUUCACAGCCUUGGUUUUAAACAUCAUAACAAUACAAGCCCUAAGAAAAAUAUCAUCAUUUCCAAAGCCUUUAAAAACAUUACUCCUGAGUCUCGCUGUUUCUGAUCUUGGUGUUGGUUUGCUUGUUCAUCCUCUCAAUAUUGCACAUCUUAUAAUGAACAAAGAACAGAGCGCUAACAGAAGACUCUAUUAUACGGUACACACAGCGCGGCGCCUUUUCAGCUAUUUAAUGUGUACUGCUUCAUUCUUGGGCAUCAUUGCUUUAACUGUCGACAGAUUCUUAGCUAUUCAUCUUCAUCUCAGAUACCAGGAACUUGUGACUCACAGGCGUGUUGUUACUGUAGUAAUUUCAGUCUGGGUGUGCUGUUCAUGUAUUUCCUUAUUUGCGUUAAACAGGGUUUUAGAAAACGUUCUGGUCAUUAUAACUGCAACUAUUGGGGCAGUUUGUCUCACUACAACGGGAUUAAUUUACUGCAAGAUAUACUCAAUCGUACGUCACCACACAAAUCAGAUUCACGCCCUGCAAUUGCAACCCGUAGGACAGAAUCAGAAUGGAGAAUUGGCAAAUACUGCAAGACUGAAAAAAACUGCACUUGCUACAUUUUACGUGUAUGUGGUGUUUGUGGUUUGUUUUUUGCCCUUCAUAUGCGUUAACGCAGCUUUUGAAAUUUAUGGUAAGUCCGAGUUGCGGUUGCAUCUGCUUUAUUAUUCGACGACACUUGUGUAUCUUAAUUCAUCUCUCAAUCCUUUGGUCUACUGCUGGAAGAUGCGAAACAUUCGACAAGCUGUUAUCAGUGUACUUCGCAAUAUCUUUCAAGGUCAGUAAAGUUCCAUUCGAACCGCUUCGCCAAUGAGACCCUUUGUGCCCCACAAAAAAAAUGGAAAUUUCAUAUUACCAACAUGAACUUUAACUAACAGAUGAAUAAUGAAUAAUGAUUUAGAGGUAGCACAUUUACGUAGUGGUUCUUCGUCUACCAUUCCUAGUCGAGUUGGAAUUUAGAUAUGAGUACUCCGAGAAAAACCUCUCGGGGCAAAGGAAAGAACAACGUCAAACUGAAACCACAUUUGGCGUCGACGGCGGGAUUUGAACCUGGGCCACACUUGUGGAAGGCGAGUGCUUUCACCACUGCUUCACCCUUGCUCCCCAAUCGUAUUAGCCUCUGAAUGAUCGAUCUAGUGCGGUUCACAAACACCCGUCAGAACAUUUCCGGGGCUCUUGGUCGAUCCCGGUUUUAGCAAUUAUGACUCCCACGCACCAACAAAAACUGGUAUAAUUAGAAGAUUUUCAGUCCUCUGGUUGACAUCAACCAUCACAGAUCAAAUCAUAAAGCGACCUGAAGAAAGCUAAAAGCAACAAGAAUAGACGGCAUUGGCGCGUGUAUCGUCGGUUAAAAAACUGCGUGAACUAUGCCAUUAAGGCUUUCGAGCAACUUCUGAGCAACUUUCAUUACAAAAAGCAACUUUUGAUCGCUUUUUGAGUAACGUUUUGAGAAAUUACGGGAAAUGUUUUGGAAAAUCUCGAGCAACUUGUGGAAAGCCCUAUGUAUAUCUGCCCAGACUGAAGUAAGGCCUUACUUUUCUAAGCGUGAUUAUUCAUCGAAUUGCUAUGUUGUAAUGGCGGGCUGAUAUUUAAUGCCAUAGUUAACUUUAGUUUCAUAAACUUGGGAGAUUAUAAAGAGGGUGCCAUAGUUCCCUUUGGUAACCUGCGAUCAAGGCGUUCUCUUUACAUAUACAACUGCCUGAUCACACGCUACAGAAAAUGUGUGACUAAGUAGAGCUAGUACUCUAUAACUGAUCUACUCUCGCUAACUGGCUUUAAGUGCAUGAAGACCCCCGUUUUUUGUUUUCUUCUGCGGACAUUUUCCUAGUUUCUAUAUGAUCGUUUUUGAUAUGUUCGUAACUUUUCAGCGAGCAAUUCACCAACUGGUAACUUGGUACUAAAUAUAUAAGCAUCAUACACAUCCGCAAAAAGGCGGGGAAAUUGCCAAGGGUCCUCAGGCUGAAAAGUAUGGAGGGAGGGGUAAGAGCGAGUUCAAACUGAGAAAUUACGGGAAACGUUUUGGAAAAUUCAGCUGAAAAUUUCGAGCAACUUGUGGAAAGCCCUAUGUAUAUCUGCUCAGCCUGAAGUAAGCCCUUACUAUUCUAAGCGUGAUUAUUCAUCGAAUUGCUACGUAGUAAUGGCGUGCUGAUAUUUAAUGCCUUAGUUAACUUAAGUUUCAUAAAGUUUAGGGAUAAGAGGGUGAACACACAAAAGGACCGGUAACUUGGUACUAAAUAUAUAGGGAUCAUACACAUCCGCAAAAAGGCGGGGAAAUUGCCCAGGGUCCUCAGGUUGAAAAGUAUGGAGGGAGGGGUAAGAGCGAGUUCAAACCGAUAAAGGAUCAUAAUAACCUACUAUGCGUAACAGAACAACAGCGUUAACAACAAAGAAAUAAAUACAAAAUUAAGGAAAAUCGUUACUUUUUCACGAUUCUUAAGCUAAAAGAGAUCCAUGUAUUCUUCUCUGUCUACGUAUUGGUUUUCCGUGUUAACUAGUUAAAAGGAAAAGUUUGUUCUUGUUUAUUUACUACGCAUUAAUUUGUGAGCAAUGAUAAACUUUCUGUAAUAUUAAACUGAGGAAACUGUUAUUAGUAUGACUUAGGCCUUGUUUAGCAGCCUCUGAUGAAUUAAUUACUACGAACUAUCGAGUUUUAGUUAUUAAAUUAAUAAAAGCAUAGUAGAUUGCUUUAACAGGCUUUCAAUAAAAUGGAAUCAUUAGUUUCCAAGUUGAUUGUAGUUAAAGGCUUUUAUUGUUUUUUUGCAACAUGAUCACAAGUAACAAAGCAACAGAGGUAACAAAGUAACAAGGUAUCAAAAGUAAUAAAGUAAUAGAAGAAACAAAGUAUCAAAGUAACAAGGUAAUUGAAGUAACAAAGUAACAGAAGUGAUAAGGUAAUAGAAAAUAAAAAGCAGCAGAGAUAACAGAACAACAGAGGCAAUACAUCAACACAGAUAACAAAAUAACUGAAGUAACAAAGUGAUAGAGGCAACAAAGUAACUUAGAUAACAUGGUACGAGGUAGCAGAGGUAAGUGAUCAACAGACCAUCUGGCUCAAAGUGUAAUUUGUAAUAUGCCAGGGGACAAUCUGCGCAUAUGAACAUGACGGAAAUAUCGUCCGGGACAUUUUGCGAGGGCUUACAUGAUGCACUACCCCAUAAACGCGGGACUACUACGGAUAUUUUAAACAUUCUGAUCAUUUGCGACUUAUUAAACUUUGUGAACGGUUUGAACCCAGGAGUCAUUUCAAAAGUAGGUUGAGUUUGAUCGUCCGGGUGAACGUUGUCCUGAAUAGGACUGUUGUUGUUGACAGUGACUGACGUUUCGACAACCUGUGCAGUGGUCAUCUUCAGAGUCAAGGUGAGUUGUAUCACGUCAGUUGAUGGUAUUAUACUCUGGUUAUUGAUCUGAUUGGUCAAUUACGUCGCGAUGUUAUUGGUCGUCUGUCAGUUAAGCUGUGAUGUUAUUGGCUCUGAAGACUCGUAAUCAGUAAUUGGUGCGUUUCGAUCCGUCUAGUGUCAUAGUUAAACAGUCGUCUAUUGUUAGUCAAACUGUCGGUUCCCCAGUCGUUCUCAGUCUGACACAUAUGACAGCAUUAUUUGUUAAGUAACAAGAACACUCUUACAAGCGGCAACUCUCUCUUGCUUGGAGAUUAGAUAAGAAAUGAGGAGGCGAUUAACUCUACACGAAGCAGGAUUUCUUCGCUAAAAGUUUUUCACUUCCCACUUUAUCGACGGUCGAGUAUUCUUCAGAAUAUUUACUUCUUACAUCGUAUUCGACGAUGAUUGAGUACUCUUGUACAAAUACAAAUCAUUGCCAGAAAGUAAAAACGUGAUGAAUAUGGCUCGUCAUUUCAAUCAUCGCCGAAAAUAAACCACAUGCUCAUAAUCAAGACUCAUUUUCAUACAAUGAAAGUUUGCAACGCCCGACUAGUUUAAUUUAUAGCCUCACCAUCGACGUUUUCACUGAAGUGUUCACUUGUUCCAAAGUUAUCAACGCUUCCAAGCGAUCCUAUAGAAUUCGUGGACUGCCCCGUUCCGGAAAAACUCGACAACUCUGUGUCAAUCUUUCCUAAGCUUUCUUCACAAAAUAGAACAUUGUGCUGUGACACGUAGCAAUUCUUAUCCCCAGUUUCCACGGCCUCCGCUAGUAACGCCUGGGACCAUGAUUCCCCUUUUGGCGAGCACACUAGCGAGACUAACUACCUACUGUGCCGGUCUAUGUUUUAAAAGCUUAGCUAGUAAGUUUUUUUUUUAUGGGGAACAAGUUUCUUCUCUCAACUCAGAAGACUCGUCGCAAGUCCUACUUACUCAAAACAUGUGCGUUUGUUUCGCUUGAAUCCAGCAAACAUGUAGGAUUGGUCUCAUACCUAAUAGUCCGCAUUUCCUCUAAAACAUCGCUAAACUCUUUCCUGUUUGACUUUGUGUUUACUAUUCACCGCAAACCAGCUGCCAUUUCUACUUUGAUAUCGCGUCAAUAGUUUCGAAUAACUUACUUCCAUUUGACUGACGAACUUAAUCCAUCUGGUAAAACUAGCCAACAAAACGAAAAAACCUGCACUAGCCACUAUAGCCAAAUGUUCAUGCUAAUGACAGUUUGAUGAAUGGUACAUGAUCAUGUUAAACUUAUCAUUUGCAAUUGAUUAAACUUUACCACCGGGUGCUGUGUCUUAAACCGCCUCAUACUGUUUAGAUGGCGAGUGACCAUUUAGUUUAUCAAAAAUAUUUACAGGUCCGUUGCCGGAUUGGUUUACGACGUAAAAGUCCGUUUUCCCCUCAAGUCAUCGCUCAACUUUGUUUGUUUGACUGUAUAUUUUUGAUUCAUUGAAAACCUACCGCCGAUCCUAAUUUAAUAUUGCGUCAAUUACUGUAGUUUCAUUUAACUUUCUUCCUUUUUGACUGACGAACUACAACACUUACAAAGUUCGACCUAUCGCGUUUCGCUUAAAAGAAAAAUUUAUAUAUAAUUACUGUGUGAUGAUGACGCCACAUUUAAAUUUGAAAUUCCAUGUUCAGACAAGUACAGUUUUAAUUUCAAUUACGAUCAGUUUGUAUAUUAUAAGUACGAGUUAGGGACUUUUUUACUAUUGUCGCGGAAGACUCAACAGUACUCAGUUGGAAACCAAUUGCCAUCGGAGGUGGAAGGGAAUCUCUGGAGAAUAUUCGGUAAGUCUCGCAAAGAAUUAUUUCCAGCAUCAGUCCCCUCUUGCAGAGUUCCUCAAAAGUUCUACACAGCUGCUAAAACUUAAGACUGUAUAAAACGUUCCAUUCAAUGUUGGAAGCUGAAGGUCAUUCUCAUUCGAAAACGGAUGAUUCCUCCAAAGCAAUGAAGUUCCUCUCACAGAUUUUACUUAAACUUAACGGACAUCGAUCGUAGCACUUAUUGGAGGAAAAACAAUAGGAAAAAGCCCCCGUCAACGAUUUUGGAAGAAAAGUUCCCAGUGUCGAGAAAUACAGCUGCAAGUAAGGUAGCUAAUGGCGUCACGGUUGCUAUGUUAACUCCGAUGUCAUUGUAAUCCUGAUCAUAACAAAUUUUCAACUUUCAACACUUACAAAGCUCGGCUAUUCGCGUUUCGUUUAAAAUGAAAAUGAAUCCAGAUUUUGGUGUAAUGAUGUUGUCAUAUUCAAAUUCUUUUUAUUUCAAAUAAGUGGAUAUUUCGGAUGUUCUGAGUAUGGGAUACUGGGAACUUGCGAUUGUAAACUGUAUUGACUCACGAAUUUCAGUCUCAUCCAUAAAAGGAAACACUCGCAGAGCUCUUCAAAAAGUUAACAGCUACAGACUGUAGCGUACCUGUACACGUAGGCAGGCAACAUGCGUUGGCUGGUACCGUCGGAGUCGCGCCAUUCCGUUCACCAAAAAUAUUUGUUCAUGACUGUGUGUCAGGAAUGGUGUAUUUAACUUUUAAAAGGACAAAAACAUUGUAGUUAAUUUUUUUUGACUUCUGAGCAACGGAGGAGACGAUGUUUUAACAAACACAGCUCUUAAAGGUCACUCAAGUCAAGUCAACUUUAUUCAGGCAGGGCAGCCCUAUCAGCCAUUGGCCGGUAUCAAAAGGGGUCCCCGUACGGUCGUCGUGGAGGAUUAUAUCGGGUUUUUAUUGUCGGCGGGUGUAAGCUUUUUGCCAUAGAUUUUUGCAAAAAUACUACAUAAUAAAUAAACAAAUAAAUAAGUAACAAAAAGCCGUGCCCAAAAUUAAAAAAUAAAAUAAAAGCAUCUAUGUUUCCGCGAUUCCUAAAAACACCUGUCUGGGCUCAAUAAAUUUUGAUUGGACUUGAUGUCAAUAUAUUUUCAUAAUGAUGCUUUAAUAAGUUUCUUUGUCCCAAUUAAUUUGCGACAGUUCUUGUCAGCCACUUUUUAGCCAGAAUACUAAAUAGGUUCUUUCUAUUCUUUAUAUCAUUAUCACCUUUUUACUGGAAUUUAUCAUAUCCUCAAAAACUCCAAUUGCGUCAGUAUGCCUUACCUUAAGCUUAUUAAUUGUUAAGCUCAAUCUAUCAUUCUUAUAAAAUUAUUCAAAUUUGAAUGUGUUAUUAUGUGGCUACAUUAACUUGUUUGAAAUUUUUUGUUAAGGGAAUUCUUGGUGUUCAAACGUCUUGAUAUUUAACACUGUCUAGUUAGUGGACAAUUUCAAGAUUACCAAAGUACGGAAGAGGACAAGCUAGGUCGCUCAGCCAUGCGAUAAGUUAAGGAAGAAUGUGAACCACAUUCUGAACUAUUGAAGACCGAUCAGGUAACUUACCAAAGGCAAGAGUGUCUGCCUGUCAAAAGACGUCAACAGUUCUUUAAAGGAACAGUCUAUACAAUGGGAGAAGAAGCUAAAGACGCGUUCUCAACAUCCUACAGAAUGGCAGGAACUGGAGACUUUUAUUCAACGCUCGUCGCCAACUGCUUCUUCAACGCUUUCUUGCUUUUCACAGCCUUGGUUUUAAACAUCAUAACAAUACAAGCCCUAAGAAAAAUAUCAUCAUUUCCAAAGCCUUUAAAAACAUUACUCCUGAGUCUCGCUGUUUCUGAUCUUGGUGUUGGUUUGCUUGUCCAUCCUCUCUAUAUUGCACGUCUUAUAAUAAACAUAGAACAGAGCGCUAACGAAAGACUCCAUUAUACGGUAUAAACAGCGCAGCGCCUUUUUGGCUAUUUACUGUGUGUUGCUUCACUCUUGGGUAUCACUGCUUUAACUGUCGACAGAUUCUUAGCUAUUCAUCUUCAUCUCAGAUACCAGGAACUUGUGACUCACAAGCGUGUUGUUGCUGUAGUAAUUUCAGUUUGGGUGUGGUGUUAAUGUAUUUCCUUAUUUGCGUUGACCAGGGUUUUAGAAAACGAUAUACUCCAUUGUACGUCACCACACAAAUCAGAUUCACGCCCUGCAAUUGCAACCCGUAGGACAGAAUCAGAGUGGAGGAUUGGCAAAUGCUGCAAGACUGAAAAAAACUGCACUUGCUACAUUUUACGUGUAUGUGGUGUUUGUGGUUUGUUUUUUGCCCUUCAUAUGCGUUAAAGCAGCCAAUCUAAUUUAUGGUGAGUCCGAGUUGCGGUUGCAUCUGCUUUAUUAUUCGACGACACUUGUGUAUCUUAAUUCCUCUCUCAAUCCCUUGAUCUACUGUUGGAAGAUGAAACGCAUUCGAGAAACUGUUAUGGACAUACUUCGAAAUGUCAUUGCGAUUGGUCGGCACUAAAGAAAGGAUCUACCCAGAAUAAUUUUGCCUUUUACUCUCUGGUAAAAAUAAAAGCUUUCAAGCAAUACAAUUGGAAAAAAUGGCAAUAAGUAAACGGGACCUGAAACCUUUGAAAGGCAAAGGGAUAAGUAUAUGAUCGAGUAUAGGUUCAUGAGAUUUCGGUUUACUUUGGAAUAACUUUUAUUACAAAUAAUACGGAAACUCUUUUAAUCAGGGUUUUUAAUUUGUCGAGACCAAACAUUACUGAUAAGAUCACUGCAUUUGAAAGUUUCAGAAUGGGAUCUGAGAAAGAGCUCUCCUGACAGCGCAACCGAUUAGAACAAAUGAUCGAUAGCUAAAUGACAGUAUAAUACUUUAAAAUACCAUAAUAGAACCAGAAAGCAGAUAUAAUAUGGCUCCAGUAUCACGCAAAGAGCUUCUUGCUCUGAGAUUAAAAACUUAGAACCAUAAUGUUUGACGAAACAAUUAAGUAUUAAGGCCCAGGGUUGAACAGAAGUAUGCAGUUUCCUCAUAUCCCAGUUGAACGUCUUGCAAGCAACUCUCGGUACGUGCGUGAGAGUAAUUUACAACAACGUUGAAACUUUUGUACGAGACCGUACUUAAUGUUUCCAUAGGCAUUUAGAAAGAGCGAGUCCAAAAAAGUAAUUAUUGUAACCAAUGAUGUACAACAGAACAACAGCAUUAACAACGUGAAAAUGAAAAAAAUAAAUGACAAAAUCUUAUAUUUUCCACUAUUCUUAAACUAAAAUGUGUUUCUCCUUCACAUUGUUUUUCCUGUUCGGUGGUUACGAGCGCUCUUUCGGAUUGAUAAUCAUGAAAGUUCCCCCACAAUUUCUGUUUCAAGGGAGGGAGGAAAAGUAUGCUUUUGUCAUUUAGCAACUUUUAACCGCAAAGGAUAAUAAGCUUCUUAUCUCAACUCCUCCCUUUGACUCGUCGUAGAUCGUUGUUUAUCAAAAGAUCUGCCCCAUGUAUUUUGCUUGGGUCCAGUAAAUACAUUGGAUUGGUCUCCGACCUGAUAGUCAGUUUUUCCUAUAAACUAUCGUUAAACUCGCUCUUUUUGCACGACUGUGUAUUAGCGAUUCAUUACAACCAGCUACUGUUGAUACUUAAAUAUUGCGUCAGUAGUUUCAAUUUCUUCCUUUUUGACCUACAAUCUUCAACACUUAGUACAAAGCUCGACCUAUCGCGUUUCGGUUUAAAUGAAAAUAUAUUCAAAUUACUGUGUGAUGAGGAUGUCAUAUUCAAAUUCUGAAUUACGGGCUCUGUUAAGACAUAGUUUUAAUUCCAAAGAAGUGAAUAUUUAAGAUGCUAUAAGUACAACUUUAUGUUUCAAUGGAGGGAGAAAGUAUCAUCUUGCGUAUUAAAUGCGCAUUAAAUUGCGAGCAAUGAUGACCUUUCUUUAUGUUAAACUAAAAAAAAACUGGAGAUAAUAUGCUUUACGUUUUGAUAGCCGCCUCGGAUGAAUUUAAUACCACCAUCCAUUAAGUUAUAGUUUAAGGCAUAUAUUGCUUUUUUGGAACAUGAUUACUCUUUGAAUUGCCACGUGGUGUUGGCUGGUUUCAUUAAGCUGAGACUGCAAUGGAUGUUUUAAACGUUCUGAUCGUUUGCAACUGAUCAAGUCUGACACAUAUGACCGAAUGAUUUGUCAAGUAACUAUCCACUGUAUCUUUGUUUUAAAACCCUAGCUAGUAUGUUUUUUUUAUAGGUAAGAAGUUUUUUUUUCUGAACCCUAAUCCUUAGAUUAAAGUUUAAUUAACAUUUGUGGGUUUUUCAUAGUUGUUACUUGGGAUCAGCAGAUACUUUGAAUUGGUGUUUGACCUAAUAGUCUGCUUUUCCUAUAAACUAUUACUUAACUCUUUCUGUUUGACUGUUUAUUUGCGAUCCUUUGCAAACCAGCUGCCGUUUCUAAUUUAAUAUUGCGUUAGUAAUUUCAAAUAACUUUCUUCCUUUUGACGGACGGACUCUGCAACACCUACAAAACUCGACCUAUCAAGCUUCGGUUAAAAGGAAGAUAAUAUUCAAAUUUCUGUGCAAUGAGAAGAAUCCCGAGCAUUGCACAGACAGUUUUAAUUCAGAUUAGUUGAAAUUUUAGAUGUUGUGAGCGCGUUUCAGGGACUUUCUAAUACCAUUGUCACAGUAGACUCAACAACACUCAAUUUAGUUGUCAUAGGAGGAAGAGAAGUGAAAGACCCAGAACGUCUGCAUGGAGACCGUUCAGUACGACGUCUUGUGAAGAAUUGUUUCAGGGUCAGUCUGAACUUUUCAAAAUAGGAAACGAUCGUAAAGCUCGUCAAAUGUUCUAUGCAGCUACAGGUUUGCAUACACCGACACUUGUCGCUAACUGCGUCUUGAACGGUUUCUUGUCUUACACCGCCAUCGUUUUAAAUAUUAUAACAAUACAUGCGCUCAGAAAAACGUCGUCGUUGCCGACGACUUUAAAAACAUUGCUACUAAGCCUGUCUAUUUCUGAUCUAGGUGUAGGUUUACUUGUCCAGCCACUUUAUGUUGCAUUUCUUGCGAUGGAAAUAACUAAAAACAGUAAAAACACUGACAACAUUAUUGCAGCUUAUUGGGCCAUCCCUAACAGUUUAUUCGUUUUUCCCUCAUUUUUUGGUGUUUUCGCGAUAACUGUUGACAGAUUCUUGGCCAUUCAUCUUCAUCUCAGAUACCAGGAACUUGUGACUCAGAAGCGGGUUGUUGCUGUAGUGAUCUCAUUCUGGGUGUUCAGUGUAUUAAUUGCUUGCUUCCGGUAUGAAUCGAUCCUUGUUUUCUCCGUGAUGUCAGUUGUUUGUAUCAUAACUACAGGAUUGCUUUAUUGCAAAAUAUACGCAGCCGUAAGACACCACACAAACCAGAUUCGCCUUCUGCAAGUACCUGAACAAGAAGCUCAGAAUGGAGACAUGGCAAAUGCCGCAAGGCUGACAAAAACUGCCGUUGCUACAUUUUACGUGUAUAUCUUGUUUUCAGUUUGCUAUUUGCCAAUAGCUUGUGCUGGCCUCGCCACGAUGAUCCAUGGUAAAAAUGCCUUUUUAUCCCAUUUAUGGUUAUUUACUUCGACCCUUGUGUUUCUGAAUUCGUCUUUAAAUCCUCUGAUCUACAGCUGGAAGAUGAGACACAUUCGACAAGCUGUCUUGCACAUACUUCGUAACAUCUGUCCGAGUGGCCACUAAAGAGAGAAUAACUUUUUCCCUUUUUCUCAAGUGAAAAACGUUAUUGAAGCAAUGCAGACAAUGCAGGUUGGAAAAGUAGAAAAGUGAUAUACAUUAUGGCUCUUGAUGAGCGUCAUAUACAGAAAGUAAACUGAAAGUAAAUAAAAAUGAGUUCAAAAAGUCGACGUUUUAGUGUCAAGACGGGCCCGAUAACUAGCUAACAAGUUAUGCCAACUUAUUCAAAGAGUUUCAAGUCUCGAGUAAUCAGCAUACAAACACGAACUGAGUUCUUCAGAUCCAGGAUAUUGUAGGUAAUACAUUCAGGUCGCUAAGGAAAGCGAGAGCUAAGAAAAGCAUGUAACAUAAAAUUUGUGCUGCAUGUUACUUUCCACCAUUGCCACUUUUGGAUUCCACUGGGAAAAAAGAACCGGAAGCAAUUAAUAGUGCUUCUUGAGCCUGGACCUUGAGAAUUCAUUAGUAGAUGGCCCUCUUUACCCUUUAAGUCCAAAUAUUCACAUUCAUAAAUAGACCUUUUUACCGAUACGGCGGCCAUAUUGAAUUUAUUAGAGGAGUAUUAUGGGAUGCCCCGGGGGCACUCGCUCAGUAUUUACGCGCGCUUUUGGGGCAAGAAGAGAACUUCACUGUAUAUUCCUCGGGAAAAAGGCGAUCAUUAUUACAUCCAAACAAGGCACAACGAUCUUUUUUUUCCCAUUACAAUCUUUUUCUAGGAAAACUUAAAGAAAAAUUGGCCCGAAAAGCACUGGUAAAUACUGAGUGAGUAUAUCGGAUUGUGCUCAUUCCCCUCGGGCAUCCCAUAAUACUCCUUAAAUCUUAUAAAUUCAAUAUGGCCGCCCUAUCGGUAAAAAGGUCUAUUCUCCAGGCUGAUCUUCAUAUAUUUCCUCACAGACUAAGUUGACGGAGAAUUUGAUGAGAGCCAGUUCAAGGUAUUUUGCUUUUGAUGCAUGUUUAUUUUAUAAUUUAAUUAUUCUAUUGAUGUUUAUUGAUUUUUUUUGCCUUUUUUACAUAUAAAUGAAGGGGUAUACACAUAAUAUACACAUUUCGAAAUAAAAGAAUCUCAAAAGCCGAGGAAGUCUUAAGAAGCUAAGAAGGCUUAUAGGGGAGACUUCCUCUUUACAUUAGAUUUAGUUGUUACUAUAAUAGUUUUUAAUUAAAUGUAUACUUAAAUGAACAAAAAACAGCGUACCGUAUUUAUUCGAAUAAGCGCCCAACCUCGAAUUAGCGCCCACCUCGAAUAAGCGCCCAUCUUAAAGGCCGAAAAAGUUAAUAAGCGCCCAGCCUCGAAUAAGCGCCCACCCCCUCCUCCUCCCAAUCAAACUCAAAUAAGCGCUCAACCCUACCCCACCCACUUGAGUGAAUAAAUUCUAAUAAGAGACUUCCCCGAGGACGGAGUUUUCUUCAGAGUAUUUUACAGAAACGUUGCUUUGUUACUUCUUCGCCUUUUGUUAUUAGCAUUUAUUGUUUUGUUGCAAAAUAAAGAUACUUCAGUUGCUUAAAAUGGUGAAAUUUUAUUAAGCGCCCAGCCUCGAGUAAGCGCCCAGCCUCGAGUAAGCGCCCACCUCGAAUAAGCGCCCACUCUCAAGGUCCAAAAAUUUAAUAAGCGCCCAGGGCGGUUAAUCGAAUAAAUACGGUAUGAUAAAGCAAUUUACAAAUGUAGAGAAAAUAGUAAGAGAAAGUUUAUUAUCUAAUAAUUAGUAAUAAAUUUCAAACGAUUUUUUUAGCAUUAUGUAAAUUAAUUAAAUAUGAUUUAAGUAAACUUUUGAAAAUUCUAAUGUUAUUUGAUCUGAUUAUUGAGUAUGGUAAAGAGUUUCACAAUCUCGGUCGUUGGUAUAAGAUUGUAAAUUGUUUCAUAUUCGUUCUGUAGGCUUGCAUGAGGACGGUAUGACUCGGCAUAUCUAGUAGAACAAUUAUGGAUUUGACUUCCAGUUUGAAAUAAGUUUUGAAAAGAGAGAGGUAACAUUUCAUGGUGGUAAUGGUUCUCAUUAGUAUCUUUUAAUGACGCUUUCAGUGAUAGGAGAAAAUUGACGUUACUCAGCCUAGUGCUAGGCGUUCUCGGCUCGGUCAAUCCUGGAAUCUACCGUGAGCUGUGACGUCAUCGAGAGAUACUCGCCGAGAAAACAAGGAAAGCAUUAGAUAAGAUCGACGAACAGGUCACGAAUUUGGCAGUGUCAUUUCUUAAUAUUACAAGUAAUACCGAAUCGAGUUUCUGAUGAGAUACUGGGUAUAAUUUGCCAUGUAUUGUAUACUGAAGCGCCGAAAAAUCAGUAAACCAUUAGUUAUUAACAUGGCAAAUUAAAUAUUCAAUCGACCCCUAUCAGCCCUAUAACUCGAACCCUCGCUAACUCGAACUGUCUUUCGUUCCCCUUCACAGUUCGCCGGAGUUCUACUGUAUACUUUACUUGACUCUUCCACUACUACAUUUACCGCAAAUUCAAUUUAUUAUAAGUGAGGAAGCUCUACUCUUCCCAGAAUUUGUAAAUGAAAUCAAUCUUAAAUACCGCACAGAAUUCGUUGCAUAAAUAAGCAAGAGAAAUGCCUCCGCCUUGUCUCCUGUUCCUUCAAUAUGGGUAUUAAGGUAUAACAUUCAGUUAAGUUUUAAUCUAGUUCUGUGAUAUCGUUUGUAUAUGUAAUAAUGUAUCCUCUUUUGUUUUUUUUUUGUUUUUUCCUUUUUUCGUAUUUUUGUAAUCACUUCAAAGUAAAUGUGUUACAAUAAAACACUAAUUAAAAAAAUUGUCCUAUCCAACUGCAUGCAUAAUUCAAGAAACGCCUUUAGAAAUUACGAACUCGCGUGAUUUGAAUUGGGAAAACAAAACAUAUAAAAGCUAACAAGUCUAUGUUUGUCUUUGGCGCUAGAACGACUUGACACGUUAAUCAAGAUGGCGUAUGUACGUAUAUAUUUUAACUUUCUUCCUUUUCACCUGGUAAACGUAAAUAAUGACAUUAAGGCUCGUCCUAUAGUUAAUUUGAGUUACAACGAAAAUGUAUUCAAAGUUUUGUUUCGCGAUUUCAAUUUUUAAAUCUGCGUAAGACACAAUUACUCAAUUUUUCAAAUCUUGCAAGUGGAAUCCUUGAACGCCUCUAUGCAUAAUCACAACUAUGAAAACCGCGGUAAAUGUUAUAAUAUUGCAAUUUUCACUCCCCGUGUUGAAUUUCAUUUGCACGUGCUGCUAGACUCAUUAUAUAUUCAGUUUCGUUUGUACCUUCGGGGUACUUGACAGAGAUUAAAAUGUUUGUUCAGUAACCGCUUGAACGUGUGGUUCGCUGUGUUAUUGCAGUAAAGUAAGCUGUAAUUGCGCCAGUAGUUUCGGGAGUUUCUUUCUUUUCACCUGGUCGUCUUUAAUGCUUAUAACUGAGAGCUCGUCUUAUGAUUUUAGUUGCAAAGAAAUUGCUCACAUGUUUUGUGCGAGGAAGUGUAAAGUUUUUAUCACAACCAAGCAUUAGUGAAUAUUUCAGUUCUUAAAAGUGGACACGCGCCUUACGACUACAUAAUUGAAACCAAGGAAAAGGGAAGACGAAACUGACACAAGGCUGAUCCAACUAAUGCAAAGGAAGAAGCCUAGUGGAGUGUAUUUUGAACUUUUGAAGAGUGUUUAGUUAAGUUUCGCGGAUAAUUAUUUCUGGCAUUAGUCUCAUCUGAAACUUAAUUGUCAGUAUACUAAGGAAGGAUUUACUUGCUGUUCUAUAAAAUGACAGGAGCUGAAAGUUUGUAUUCGACGCUGGUCGCAAACUGCGUCUUCAACGCUUUUUUGUGUUACACCGCCAUCGCGUUGAACAUCAUAACAAUACAAGCACUUAGAAAUACGUCGUCGUUACCAAGCACUUUGAAAACAUUACUCCUGAGUCUGGCUGUUUCUGAUCUUGGAGUGGGUUUGCUUGUCCAUCCCCUUUAUAUUGCUCGUCUUGUAAUGAACACAGAACAGAGCUCUAACAUCAGUGCUUAUCAUGGGGUAUACACUGUACACCUUAUCAUUGGGUACGUAUUUUCUAACGCUUCAUUCUUGGGCGUUGUCCUUUUAACUGUUGACAGAUUCUUGGCUAUUCAUCUUCAUCUCAGAUACAGGCAACUUGUGACACACAAGCGGGUUAUUGUUGCUGUCAUCUUAAAAGGGCUGUUAAGUUCAGUUUCUUCACUAUUUAACUUGGACAGAAUUUUAGAAAAAGUCAAUGAAACUACAAGUGCAAUCGUUGGAGCUGUUUGUCUCAUAAUUACAGGAUCGCUUUGCUGCAAGAUAUACAGAACCGUAAAACAUCAUAAAAAUCGGAUUCACGCUUUGCAAGUACAGCAAGCAGCACAGAACGCCGGACAAAUGGCAAAUUCAGCAAGGUUAAGAAAAACUGUUGUAACAACAUUCUAUGUGUAUAUCGUGUUUUUGGUCUGUUAUCUACCAUUGUUUUGUGUCAGGGCUGUCACUGCCACCCGGGGGGAAUCUGCUUUGGGGUUACAUCUACUUUAUUAUGCAGCGACAAUAAUGUAUCUCAAUUCAUCUCUCAAUCCUCUGAUUUACUGUUGGCAGAUGAGACACAUUCGACAAGUUGUCGUGCAAAUUCUGCGAAGCGUCUUUGCAUGUCAGUAA